UUUAUACGAGAAAGAUUUUGGUAUUUUCAAUUCUAUUCCGGUGUCAUUAUGUCUGAAAGGGAGAGAGUGUAUCCUAAGAUAAAGGUUAAGGUUGAUCAUGAGGGUGUUAAUGCAGAAAUGGGUUGCCAACUCUCACCACCUGCAACCUUAAAUUUCAAAACCUCUCAUGCUCUCCAGCUUCACCAUGGUAGAAAUAGGAAUAUAAAAAAUGGAAAGGACAUUAAUCAAGAGAAGAACAAAACUUCAAAUUCACAACGGCCUAAUAAUAUAUUUUUUCGUCCUCGAGCAGUCUUAUCUAGCCCUGAUAACGAUAUGAUCAUUGGGAAUAGGAAGAAGUUGACUUGUAACAAUCAAGCUAGCAACAAACCUACAGCUUCAUGGGAGGAGAAAACCUCACAAUGAUCCAAUACUCCAUUUUCUUUUUUUAAUUAAAAGUCUUUG